AUGGCGCCAGACCUCUCAUCCAAGAAGAUCUCCUUCAUAGGUAUGACGACCUUGGAAGAUCACUCGUUCAAUGUUCUCCCGAAGGAGUUCGAGAAUCACCAAGGCUUGAACGACGCAGCACUCCGUCUGGCAGUUGGUGUAUCUUUCUAGCACUAACUUGAACCAGGAGGCGGUAAUAUGGCCGCGGCAAUCAUCUCCGGCCUUGUUGCAAAAGGAACCAACAAGAGCAACAUCACGGUAUCGGAGCCGUGGGACGUCAAUCGUCAGAAAAUGGCCGAUCUCGGAGUGAACACCACCACGAGCAAUGUUGAGGCUGCUUCGGGAGCCGAUAUUAUCAUCCUCGCCAUCAAGCCUCAAGUUGCCAAGACUGUCUGCACCGAGCUGGCUUCAUCUGCUUUCUCUUCUGGAAGUUCUUUACCCUUGCUCGUUUCAAUUGCCGCCGGGAUCACCGCUUCGAGUCUGAAAGAAUGGACAAAGACCAAGGAUGGCCAGAGCCCGCCGAUCGUAAGAGUCAUGCCGAACACUCCGGCCCUAUUAGGCGAGGGCGCAAGUGGCAUCUUCGCUGGCAGCGAUGUCAAGCCAGAGCAGAGAGACCAAGUCACGGCACUUCUAGGAAGCGUCAGUCGCGCCACCGAAUGGGUUGACAAGGAGGAGCUUUUGGAUGUCGUUACUGGUCUCUCUGGCUCAGGGCCCGCUUACUUCUUCGCCAUGGUGGAGCACCUCGUUUCGAGUGCAACUAGAUUGGGUCUUCCAAAGGAGCAAGCCGAGAGACUAGCGUCACAGACAUGCUUCGGUGCGGGCAAGAUGCUCGUUGAGUCCUCCGAACCGCCCUCACAGCUUAGAAAGAAUGUCACUAGCCCGAAUGGCACGACGCAGGCUGCGCUGGAAAGCUUCGAGGCUUCUGGUUUUGCAGACAUUGUGGACAAGGCUGUGAAAGCCGCUACUUCGAGAGGCGAUGAACUUGGCAGGACCUUGGGCAAUCAGUAG